UACGCGAAGUGAUCGUGUGCACCGUUCGCGUGGCGGCAGAUGUCAGUUGUCAUGCUGCCGUGCUGCGAAUUGAAACCCUACUGUAGUGCGUUAUCUCCAGUGAUCUUUUGUGCCCAGCCUGUCUGGAACAGUGCUGGCAUGUGCGUCUGUGUUCGUCGGCUGUUCCAGUAGAGUGUAGAAAAUAGCGGGAACUGUGUGUGGCCCUCGAAACGCAGUGCUCAUCGACGGUGGUACUGACGUCGCGCGUAUUCAUCAACAACUUGGUCAUCUACCGACGUGAUAUGCAUGUGUUCACGCGUGAUCAAAUGGAAGAAAGAAAGAAAAAAGCAAUUGUGUUUUCAUAGCAGAACGAGGCUCGUGGUGCACGUGUCUGUGCCACGGAUCCGAACACCAACGUCUCGAAAGAUGUUUUACUAUUACCCGAGUCCACCCAUGUCGAGGACAGGUUGCAGGGACAAGGAUAAAGAAAAGCAUGACUACAACCCUAUACGCAGGUCACACACCAUCAUGUGCCCUGAAGAUGUUGCUGCAGGGAAAAAGUCUUACUGGCCAGAGCUCGAGAUAACAGGGAUCAUCCGUAACCUGAGCCCUGCACUGUGGAACCUGUCACAUUUACGCUGCCUGUACCUGAAUGACAACUGCCUGUCACGCCUACCGCCAGGCAUUGCGCAACUAGCAGGACUGACCCACUUGGAUCUAAGCUGCAACAAGCUGCGUUCCCUACCAGCUGAGUUGGGUGAUUUGGUGAUGCUGCGUCAGUUGCAUUUGAAUCACAACCACCUCCGAGUGCUCCCCUAUGAGUUGGGAAGACUCUUCCGCCUGCACACUCUCGGGCUCAAAGGAAACCCAUUGGCUCCAGAGCUCCUCAGCGUGUACAGUGAACCAAAUGGUACAUCAAAGCUCUUGGCAUACCUGUUGGAGAACCUUGUAGAUGGAUUGCACUGGGAGGAGGACGUAAAUGCUGGAACCGAGUACCAACCAGUUACUGCGUCGCAACCACCGCAGCGGCCAUGGGUGCAAGUGAGACAUUCAAUGCGAUCUCAGCCUUCAACUGCAUUCACAGUGAUGUGCUACAAUGUGUUGUGUGACAAGUAUGCCACGAGACAAGUGUAUGGGUACUGUCCAGCCUGGGCGCUUAAUUGGGAGUAUCGCCGAAAAGGAAUAAUGGAUGAGAUUCGGCACUAUUCAGCUGACAUCAUCUCUUUGCAGGAGGUAGAAACGGAACAGUUUCAUGAGUUUUUUCUACCAGAGCUAAAACGAGAUGGUUAUGAUGGCAUCUUCUCCCCGAAAUCUCGAGCAAAGACCAUGUCCGAGAGUGACAGGAAGCACGUUGAUGGCUGUGCUAUCUUCUUUCGAACUAGCAAGUUCGCACUCAUAAAGGAGCAUCUUGUGGAGUUCAACCAGCUGGCCAUGGCUAAUGCAGAUGGCUCAGAUGAUAUGCUGAACCGAGUAAUGACCAAGGACAACAUUGGUCUGGCAGCCCUGUUGCAGUUCAGGGAAGGCAUCUUGGAGAAUGCCAAUCCAGAGCACAAGAGCCUACUGCAGCAGCAACCACCAUUGUUGGUGUGCACAGCACACAUUCACUGGGACCCUGAGUACUGUGACGUGAAGCUGAUUCAGACAAUGAUGCUGAUGCGGGAGCUGCGCACCAUUGUUGAUGAUGCUGUACAGUUGCUUAGGGCUGGAUCCCUGGGAGGGCUUCACCGUAGAGCUGUACUGGACACUUCCAGCAUUCCACUCCUACUCUGUGGUGACAUGAACUCCCUCCCAGACUCAGGCGUUAUUGAGUUCCUGAAGACUGGCCAUGUCUCGGCAGACCAUCCAGACUUUAAAGAACUUGGCUACAAGGAUUGCCUGCGCAAGAUGUGCCUGGAGUCUGACUCACUCAUAGGUGGCUCAUACACUCAUCCCUUCGAGAUGAAGGAAGCUUAUGCAGAUGGAAUCAUGCCCUAUACAAAUUUUACGUUUGACUUCAAAGGAGUCAUCGACUACAUCUUCUUCACACGGCAGCACAUGUCAGUGCUAGGGGUACUGGGCCCCCUGGAUCCCCAGUGGCUGCUGGAGAACAAGGUGGUGGGCUGUCCACAUCCACAUGUACCAUCAGACCAUCUGCCCCUGCUGGCCCAGCUUGAAAUGGCACUUGUGACUAAUGGCCUGGUCCAGCGCAGGUAGCAACGGCUGGAGCGAGCCCUCCCCCAUCGUCUUCUGUCCCCCACUAGUUCACUGUGUGUGCGUCCAAACUUGCUCGAGUCCUAUGGUUAAGGCACCAUGACUGCUGCUUCUCAGUGACCCCAUUUUGCUGUGAUCACUGCUGGCAAAACAGCCUCUGUAGUGCCGUGUGCCAGUUGGCAUCCCCCUGUUUUGGUUAAUUCUAGUGUACCAUAUAAAAAAGGGGUUGUUGAUGCUCCUCCUGUGCUAACUUUGGUCCUGGGUCAGCUGGGUCAGCAGCAUUAGUGGUAGCAGCAGCAACAGCAGCAAUUCAGAUCUAGGUCGUGGGUAACUCUAUCUUCUUUCCUCCUUUCAUCAUCUGCUGCAGCAAUCUGCAGUUAACAGCUCAAAAAGGCCGAAGAAAGGCUGCCACUUAGGUAGUAAAAAAUAAUUAAAUGGGAAAGGGAAUUGUACAUUCAGUACUGUCAUCGUACAGUUGACAUCAAAUUUGUUUCAUCCGAAGAACUAGUGUUUUAGUUUUCUAAUUCUUUAAGCCUAGCUCUGUUGCCUUUUUCUUUUCUGCUAGAAAAUUACAAGUACAAGCUUCUCCUACUGCAUCGACUUAGGGCCUUGUUAGCUGGCACACGAGACAUGGGAAGGAAAGAAUAUAAAUUCAGCUUUGAAUGUUAUAAUCUUUACUCAGUACGCACAACGGUAGCAAAGAAGCAAAAAAAAAACCAACUAAACACAUUUGAUGGCAGAUGCUAAUUUCGAAGUGAUUUUUGUUUUAACUGCACCAAAGCACUUAUCUUUUUUUUUCGCUUACUGCCUGUGUAGCAAAGGUCAGCAAGGGUUCUUGUCUUUUGCAUUUAUGUAGAGCUUGUAUCUGAGAUAAAACUUCAGGCACAUUUAGGCAAAUAGAAUAGGCCAAAGUAAGUUAACAGCACUGACUAGUAUUAGAUGGAUUUUUGCUCUAUCAUAGAUGGCAGCCUGAGAGUUGCUAGCUUUGAAAAAUGGGCAACAUGAAAUUGCUGCCAGACAACAAGUCUCAGUUUUGGUCUUGCUUUGAGGCCAAAGCAAGUAACUAGGUCUGCUGAUAGAAGUGUGUAGAUUCUAUCAUGCAAUUGACCCAUCUUUUCCAAUUUCUUCGGCAAAGCCAACGCACAAGAACAGGUUAAGGACCAAGCAAGACCACUCCUCCUAUUAACGCCUUUGUGGUGUGUGGUGUGGUGCAUCCUUUGACACCGUCCACUUGCCCAUCAUAGCCAUCUGAGGAUUGCCCAAGAGGAUUGGUUUUGUUCUUGCAUAAACCUUAAAUUACCACUUGAACACAUAAAUGAAUUUGGAGUGCUGAAUACUGAUAAGGAAAGCAUUGUCAUCUUUUUUUCUAAAAAAAAAAAAAAAGAAGUGAGACAAUGCCAGGAGCUUUUUUAUUGCAUCUGUGUAGAAUGUGUGAGGCGAGACCUUGGGCGUGUGAUCCAGGCAAGUGCUGCUGUGGUAUAGCAUUGAAGCCUGUCAAUGCCUACUUCAUACUUCACAAACAGGUGGAUGCUGCCCAUCUUAUGCAGCAAGUUGCAUGUAUGCUGCAGCUUGGAAAAUGCUGCUGAGUCCGCAUAAAGGGAGGAAGGAACUGUUUCAGCAGUGUCAGCUUACCUGCAGUUUGACUUCGUGUAAACCUCACAGUGCAUUGCCCUUAGCUGCUGACUAGCCUUAGUUUCAAUGGAACACUGGCUGUCAUGAGUAAUGAAACAUUGCUGACACAGUUCAUUCUCUUUGGUGCUGUAUGCUUAUCUUUCUGCACAAUGUCUUGUUGGGUUGGAAAUCUUACUGGAGGAUUGUCUUGUCAUGGUUGUGCCCUCAGAUACAUAGUUUUAGCAUGUAUGUCUGAAAUGGUGGGCUAGGCAUAAAUGCAUAUGGUACACACUUAAUGAGAAAUUAUGGUCCAAACUGUGAGUAUUUGUGUGAUGUACAGUCAUACAUUGGUUAGAAAUACCAUUUCAUUUUUUUUCUUGUCCAAGCAUCACACAUAAUGGAUGACCCAGGGUUAAUUUUGAGACGGGGACUUGUACUAGUACAUUAUAGGUUAGAAUUUUAAGGUCCUUUCCUAAGAAUAGUUCAAGAAAGAAAAUUGCAUUUUCAUUUCAGUCGCAUGCUGUAGUAUAAUUGCUUUUUUUUUCUUUAUGUUUUUUUUUUUUUUUUUUUUGUAAAGUUGUUGACCAUGGUCUACCGUAGUCAAGACAAAUAUAUCUUUUAUUACUUUUGAUCGGCGUAUACGGGAGAAGACCCACUGAAUCAUCAGUUAAAUUCUGCCCAAUCUGUAGCCUGCCACGCAAUAUGGAAUGUAUUUUUGCUUUAGUUUUUAUCAAAGUUAGGUCAACAACUUUUUUUUUUUUUGUUCAGUGUUUCACACAGUGCUGAGGUCAUUUUCUUUGCCCUGUAUUCUAGAGCUAGCUGCUUUUGUACAAUGCAUCAAUGUAUAUAGAAGCUAAGAACUGACGUGUCAUGAAGAGCUGGCUUUUCUCAUUGAACAUGACAAAAUUUUAAUUUUUUUUUUUUCUUUCACCGCAUCCAGUAUUGCAGAUUGUGUGCACAGGAUGAAAAAUGCAUUUGUGUGAAGCUGUUGUCUUUGCUAUGAUUGACUUGAUGUGGAUGUUCCAUUUUUCAUGCAAUCGCACCAUACAACAAGGGUUCUAAAUUCCAAUUUUUCUAACCCUUUUUUUAUGGAUGUGUAAAGUCUCCUUGUUAUGAGUGUUGUAGAGAGUUCUUCAAAUUGAAAUAAAACAUGGUUGAAGUCCUUG